GGGUGUUCGCUCGCGUUUGGUGCCUCGGAAACCUGCCGGUCGCUUCGCCACUAGCUCACGUUUUGGCGUAGGGAGCCACCGCCAGCCGUUGGUGAGCGAGGAUCGGCCACGCACGUGUGCCGUCCGUGCAGCUAGUUCAUUCCAAACGAUAUCGCCGGCGCUUUUCUCGCCCUGCAUCCCGGAAGAUUUUUUUUUUUCCUGUCGAGCCGUAAAUAUUUAUCCGACUUGCUCCUGCACCGGCACAGCUUUUGAUUUAAAAAGAUAAAAAAUAUAUCAAUAUAUACAAAAAGGCAGACCUGACCGGAUCAUCUGAUAAACAAAACAAACCUCUCUUCCGCUACUCUGCUUCACGGAGAUGGCGCACGCCGGCGCUCUGGCGACGCUGGCACUGCUGCUGUGCUGGGCGUCGAGUGGCGCACACGCCGGCGACGGCGACGCGAGCCGCGAGGGGCUCGCCGUGGCAGCACCGGUGGCGACUUUCACCACCACCACCACGACCACCACGACGACGGUGUCCGUGCCUCAACCCCGCGGUUCCGCGUUCUCUGCCGCGCGCACCAGCAGCAUGAUCGGCGGGCCCAAGAUAGCGGUGGCCUUCGACCGCGUCUACGUGAACAUCGGCGGGGACUUCGACGCGGCGAACGGCGUGUUUGCGUGCCGCGUGCCGGGCGCCUAUUACUUCUCCUACACCGUGGGCAAGUACCCACGCAAGCCGCUCUCCGUCAUGCUCAUGAAGAACCGCAACGAGGUGCAGGUCAUUGCCUACGACGAGCACCGGCGGCGCGAGCGCAAGGUGCAGAGCCAGAGCGUCAUGCUGCAGCUGUCGGUCGGCGACACCGUGUGGCUGCGGCUGCACGGCGACCCCAAGUACGCGCUCUACAGCAGCGCAGGGCCCUACACCACCUUUUCCGGGUACCUCGUCUACCCCGACCUGCCGCUCGGCGACGCUCGGCCCGCCGAACCGGAACGAGAGGCCAACGACGCGCCGGCUGCCAGCGACGAGCAACGAUCCAGCAAUGACAUCGCGGCGGAAGAAGAGCCGCCGGCCGCAGAUGCAAAGGCGCGCGGCGGCGCUCCGUCACGCCAGUCCUUGGCGGUGGUGGCAGUCAACCAUGAGGCCCGGUCUGCGUUCUCCGUGGCACGCACCGAAAGCUUGCCGGUCGAAUUCAAGGGCAAGGGCGCAGAGGGGAAGGAGAGCAACGCGGCGUCUGCAGCGGAUGACGACCUGCAGCCGAUGCCCUUCGACUCGGAGUUCGUGAACAUCGGCCGGGACUUCGACGGCGAGUCGGGCACGUUCACGUGCCGCGUGCCGGGCGCGUACUACUUCGCCUUCACGGCGGGCAAGGCGCCGGGCCGUGCGCUGGCGGUCAAGCUGAUGCGCAACGGGAGGGAGGCGCAGGCCCUGCUCUUCGACGACGACCCGUCGCCCCAUCGCGAGAUGCAGAGCCAGAGCGUGAUGCUGCAGCUCAAGAGCGGCGACACUGUGUGGCUGCACAGCCCGCAGCGCGAGGGCUUCGGGGCCUACAGCAACCACGGCCGCUACAUCACCUUCACCGGGUUCCUGCUCUAUCCGGACCCGCCGCCGUAGCGUGUGCGCGUGCCCACGUGGCGUCUGCUCGCCAGGCGCGGCGUCAGCUCGCGUCUCGUGGCGGUUAAUGCUGUAACCACAAUUUCAUACUUGCCAACCCGGCAGACUUAAGGAUGCCAAUUUUUAAGACCCGUUUAUCGCACGAAAAAAACGUUGACUGCAAAAGCGGUACGCGGUAAAAAUGGCGUAACAAUCGGCACCCUUCCGAUUAAAUCUGCAUGGUUGGCAAGGGUGGAGUUUCACUUGUGAAUGAUGCUGCAAAUGUUAACGAUGACUGUUUCGUUAUAACCGUUGUAGUUUGAAAAAAAAAAAGCAGAAAUUCCAAGGGGUCAAAUAGCAGCAGAACCGUUUAACUAAUUACCCCACACAGAAAAUUAUUCAACUGUAAUUAAUUUCUGAAUCUGAAUACAAGUGCUUGUGUCCCCCUGCCUGGCUCACACACCAACUUGGAAAUUUCCCAGGCUGCUGCGAGCGAACAAACCCACGGCUGUCGUCCAGUCUCUCCGCGAAAAGUGCGCGAGAAAACUGCAGAAUGCUCGGCUUCUUUAGAUGCAAACACGUGGUCCACUCGUGAACUUACUUUCAUCAGCAGAUACUUACGAGGCUAACCUCGACAAAUUACAAAGAAGCAGUGCGAUUGAGUCGCAAACACAAUAAUUGUAGUUAUAAAAUAAAAACUUCUAAACGUUGAACAAAAAAAUGAGCCAAUUCCAACAAAGCACAGUAUUGAUUUAAAAAAAGCACAUUUCCAAAGUACUGUUAUAUCCGCUCUGCUUAUGUGAAACUUAGUCUCCAUUUCCAAAUCCAGAAGGCAGCACGGAGCAAAGGCGACGCUGUCAACGAGUCCCGAGCGCGCUCCAUACUGCAGCUCGUGACACAAGCACAGAGCAAGCAGCGCUGCACAGUCGUGACGUGACGUUGUGUGUAAAUGUGGCGCAGCCUCCAUCGUUGGUGAGGCUCGUGGCUAGCGUUUAAUGCCUGCAGCGAGAUGCCUCUUAUCCACCACCCUAUUGCCCGCUAUCAUUAGUAUUCCAAGGUAUAAUUCUAUCUGCAGACACCGAGUCUUCCUACUAUCUACAUUCAUACAUGGAUAAAAGGAGUCGCCCAUAAAUGGUGGGAAAUUCAUUUGAAUACCACUCAAUCUUCAAAUGAGUCACCCAGUAAGUGCUAAAUUCAUCCAAGCACCUUCAUAUUUUUUUCAGAUAAGUUAUCCCAAACAUCAACGCGGAUAACGGGAGUUUCGCUGUACUCUCCUUGGGGGGUAUGUGUUGCUUUGGUGAUUAUCAUAGACGAGUAAGACUGUUUUUUUAGCUUUUUAAUUUCGAUGUUGGAAAGCACAGGCGAAGAGCUGUGUGCCCGCAGAGGCACACCAAAGGCCAAGCCAAGAAUGAUGAGAUUAGCAAUAGCUUUUCUCAAGCGCAAAGCUAAAUUGGAAGGUCUUUUUUGUGUCUCGCUGAAAUUGAUGUGCCAAGUUACUGUGCCCGGUGCAGCAUGCUCAUGCCACUGAAACAGUGCAUCGAUGGCCAUUUUAUCCGUGUGUAAAGAUGUUGUGCCAUUUUGCAAUAAAAAAAAUUAUGAGAUG